AUGAGUGAUUCAGAUGAAUUAGCGUGGGAACUUGAUGGAGUUGGACAGUUGGGGAAUGGAAGUUCACAAGUGGCUGAAGGUGCAGGUGUUACCAAUGUAAAAGAGAGAAUGCAGAUUGUGAAAGCAAAGAGAAAGGUGAUUAAAGGGAGAAUUACCAGAACUAUAAAUAGACUUAAAGACAACAUGCAAACUAAAAUAGUGAAAAAAAGAAGAAUUUUAAAGGAGUUAGAAGAACUCAGAGCUGAUUAUACAAAGGCAUGUGAAUUACAUGGAGAACUGUAUGAGUAUACAGAAGAGGCAAAAGUUGCAGGUUUAGAUAAAUGGGAGUCAGAUCUAACCAAUGAUAUCUAUGGAAUAGAAGAAUUAGCAGAGGAUUAUCUAGCAUCACUUGACAUCACAGAACAUGAAACAGAGACUGUGUCAAAGGGAAAGGGUAAAUCUGUCAAGGUUCAAAGUGGUCCUUCAACAUCAUUUCAAGCUGCUGAAGAUGAUGACAGUGCAUCUUAUAAAGAUAAUGCAUCUCAGGAUGACAAUACAUCUCUUGCUGGAUCAAAUGAAGUAUUUGAUGGGUGGAUAACUUCACUGAAGGAGUAUCAGGAGACUAAACACUGUCUAAGCAACACCCCGAACAUGAGUUUAGCGGAGGCAUUGAUCAAGAUUGAAGCCAGUAGGGACAUACCUAAUAUCACUCUUCCUAAAUAUUCAGGGGAUCCUUUGGAAUAUGUGAAUUUCAUGGAAAGAUUCAAAAUUCAUAUCCAUGAUAAAGCACAUUUAACAGAUGCCAUGAGACUGGUACAAUUAAAGAUGCAUCUGACUGGUGAGGCUGAGAGGGCCAUUGCAGGACUUGGAUCUAGUGGCACCAUGUACGCUACUGCCUUAAAAAUGUUAAAGGAACAGUUCGGCCAGGAAAGUUAUAUUGCAAGAGCAUAUGUGAACAAGCUGACUAAGGGGAACAGAAUACAGGGACGAGAGGCGCUGCGAGAUUUCUCCUUAGAUCUGAUUAAUUGCAUAGCAACUUUAACACGGAUGGGUUCCUUUGCAGAUAUAAACGCAAAUGAUAAUUUGCGGCAGAUAGUAAUGCGUAUGCCAGGGUACCUUAUUGAUAGAUGGAAAGUGAAGGCAUCAGAUAUCAGAGAAAGAGGUGAACGGCCGUCAAUUCGCCAUAUCAGUGAUUUUAUCAGAAAACGGGUAAAAGCAGAGUUCGACCCAGACUUUGGGGAUUUGGAAAGAAGAAGUGAUUCCAGAAGGAUAAAGGGGUUAUAUUCUCAUCAGCAGAUGAAGAGGGGGCCCAUAUGUUAUCUUUGUUCUGAAGAACAUAGAAUCUCAGAUUGCCCAACAUUCACAGAUUGUACUGUUCCAGAGAGGACUCAGAAGGUUCGAGACCUACGUCUGUGUUUUGGCUGUCUUGUCAGAGGCCAUAUUACGAGAGACUGUAAGACCAAGAAGGCCUGUGGUAUCAACGGAUGUUCACGUACACACAACAAGAUGUUGCAUUUUGACCCACAGGUGGCCAGUUCUAUCAUUGAUACAAAUAGUAUUCUACCAGUGGUCAGGGUGAUGUUUAAAUCCUCAAAUGGUAGGACCAGGGAAGGUAAUGUCCUCAUAGAUGGAGGUGCAGGAACCACAAUCAUUCGCAAAGAAUUUGCAAAAUCACUUGGUCUCCAGGGUAACAGGGAGAGACUUGAUCUAUCACUUGUAGGAUGUGAGAAACUUGAGAACAUUAACAGUCGCAGAUUGAAAUUUUGGAUUUCUUCACUUGAAAGCAGUGAGGCAUUUGAAGUAGAAGCUUAUGAGAUUGAUAAGACUGUUUUGAAUGUUAAGCCCUUGGAUAGAAACUGGUUGAGAUCAUUCUCACAUCUUAACAACAUAGAAUUGUCGCACAAGGCGGGACCUAUUGAUCUCAUCUUGGGAGUUCAGUAUUCUCACUUGCAUGCAGAAGAAGAGGUUCGUCAAGGUCUUCCAUUUGAUCCGAUCGGAAAGAAGAGCAAGCUCGGAUGGUAUGUUAUGGGUCCAGACAAAACUCAACGUUCAGUGAUAUGCUCAGUGAACUUUGUGGAGAAACUUAAUCUUGACAAAUUCUACCAGUUUGAAACAUUGGGGGUACAAGCUCCAAAUUGUAAAUGUUCUGUUGAAGUACUCUCAAGUGAGGAUCGAGUAGCACUCAAACUGAUGAAAGAAUCGUGUCGCAAGGUUCAGGACAGAUACGAGAUUGGUCUUCCUUGGAAGAAGAACCCUGCCUUACUUCCAAACAACUAUUAUGUAGCCUAUAGAAGACUUGUGUCUCUUGAGAAGAAUCUCCUGAAGAAUGACCAAAAGGCUAAAAUGUAUUGUGAUGCUGUGAAUGAGUAUGAGCAGAAAGAAUGGGCAGAAAAGAUUGAUGAACCCAAUGUGAAAACUAGUGGUUUCCCAGUUUAUUAUCUUCCACACCAUGGAGUUUAUAGACCGGACAAGCCCAGUACCCCAUUGAGAGUUGUGUUUGAUCCGGCAUGUGUGUGUGAUGGUGUAUCCCUCAACUCAUAUCUGUAUAAGGGUCCAGGUCUCAUUGGGAACUUGCUGGGUGUUCUUCUGAGGUUUCGAGAGGACAGAGUUGCUAUAGUUGGAGACAUCUCCAAGAUGUAUCUUCAGAUCAGGUUGAGAGAGAGUGACACUCAUUUACACAGAUUCCUAUGGAGAGACUUAGAGGUGGAUAGAGAGCCGUCAGUGUACAGAUUGCUCAGAGUGGCUUUCGGUGAUAAGUCCUCUCCAGACAUGGCAAGUUAUGUAAUGCUUCGAAUUGCUGAAGAGAAUGAGGACAGAUAUCCUGAUGCAUCAGCAAUUUUGAGAGACAACAGGUAUAUGGACGAUCUGAUUCAUUCGUGUGAAACCCCAGGAAAGGCUAAAAAGAAAAUCAAUGAGAUUAAUGCUGUGUUAGCCACUGGACAGUUUCAGAUCAAAAAGUGGUUUUGUUCUUCGCAGUUGGUUCGUGAACAGAGUAGAGAAAAUCAACCACAAGCGUCUUCGUCUGUCAGUCUUGAUGGUGAAGAAAUCAAGACCUUGGGUAUUCGAUGGAAUCCGGAUACUGAUAAUCUGAGUUUUGCAGUCAAGAAUCUGGUUGCAGAGAAAUACACUAAGAGACAAGUUUUAUCCAGAAUGUCAAUGUUGUACGACCCACUUGGGCUAGCUUUAGCAAUCACUAUCAAAGCCAGAGUAGCUAUGCAGGAUAUCUGGCGUCAGAAAUCGUUGGAUUGGGAUGAUGAGUUACCUAAAGAAAUGUAUGUUCAGUGGUCGAAUCUGUUUCUGGAACUGCAAAGGUUGAGAGAUGUUCAGUUUCCACGUUGUUUGAGACCUCCUGAUUCCGUGAACACAACAACUCUACACGUCUUUGCAGACGCAAGCAUGAAAGCCUAUGGAGCUGCAGCAUAUCUCACAUGUGCAACAGAAAAUGAGACUUCAACACAGUUGAUUAUGGCAAAGGCUAGAGUUGCGCCAUUGCAUCAGACAACAAUACCGAGAUUAGAGCUUAUGGCGGCAUUGAUUGCUUCAAGGUUGGCCACAACAAUCAAAAAAGAAAUCAGACAGAAGCUGUCAGAUGUGAUAUUGUGGACAGACUCACAAAUUGUGCUUCAUUGGAUCAGAGCAGAAUCAAUAACAUUCAAAGCCUUUGUUGGUGUCCGCAUAGCCGAGAUACAAUCUCAGUGGAAUCGGACACACUGGAGAUAUGUGCCAACAUAUUGGAAUCCUGCAGAUGAUCUUAGCAGAGGAGUUUCUGUGGAGGAAUUGAAUGGUAGCUGGAUGAAUGGGCCAGAAUUCUUGAAGUUACCAGCUAAUGAGUGGCCAACCCAGCCAUGUGAUGCAGCAACUACUGAAUCCAGUGAGGAGAAAAGGAAGUGUCCAGCUAAUGCUGCUUGUGUACCAAUCAACCCUGUCAUAGAAGCAGAUAAGUUUUCAUCAUGGCAACGACUUCUGCGAGUUACAGCAUACUGCCUAAGGUUUGUCAGGAAACUCAAGGACAAGAUACACAAGGUUUCACAACUAGGGGAUAAUGCUAUAACAGUGAGUUGUGAAGAGAUGAAAGCAGCUGAACUGUAUUGGAUCAAGUGUGUCCAACGUGGAAUGAAUGAUUGGAAGAGUGACUUCUGUGAUCUAGCUCCCUUUGAGGAAAAGGGUAUUGUUCGAGUAGGAGGUAGACUCAGACAUUCUCCACUGCAGUAUGAUCAGAUUCAUCCAGUACUAUUGUCUCCAGGUCACCACGUAUGCAGAUUGAUAAUGUGUGAUAUUCAUGUGCAAAUGGGUCAUGCUGGUCCAGAGAGAACAUUGUGCGAGAGUAGGAGAUAUUUUUGGAUUGUGCGUGGGCGGAACCUAGCCAAGAGUAUUGUGAGAAAUUGUGUUGUGUGCAGGAAGUUACGUCAGCCUGGUCAUACCACUCUGAUGGCUGACUUGCCUCCAGAAAGAUUGCUUCCAUUCUCACCACCAUUCCAUGUAACAGGAGUUGAUCUCUUCGGACCAAUGUCAAUCAAGUAUGGUAGGAACAAAACCCAAAAGGUAUGGGGAGCAAUCUUCACGUGCGCGAAUGUGAGAGCGGUUCACUUAGAGAUAGUGGAUGGAUUGUCUACUCAGGCAUUUCUACAAGCAUUGCGUCGUUUUGUAUCAAAUCAUGGAUGGCCACACACAGUUAUUUCUGAUAAUGGCACAUCGUUUGUUGGAACCGAGAGAGAACUUCGUACCAUAUUCAUAGAAGGCAAACAACAAAUGAUGGACUUUGCAUUGCUGCACAGAAUUAAUUGGAAGUUCAUCACGCCUUUGAGCCCACACCAAGGUGGAAUCUAUGAAAGUUUGAUUAAACAAGUGAAAAGAUCUCUUAAGGUCAUCAUCGGUCAACAGAUUCUCAGCUGGAAUGAGUUAUCAACUGCAUUUGCAGAAGUGAAAGGUUUGUUGAAUGCAAGACCAUUGUAUUAUACAGCACAGGAUCCUAAUGAUCCACAAGCCCUAACACCCAAUCACUUCCUGUUAGGGAGAGCUUCCAUAAAUGUUCCACAAGGACCGUUCCAGGAGACAAAGAACCUGCAUAAAAGGUUUGAAUAUGUGCAGAUGCUGGUGAAACAGAUUUGGAAGAGGUUUCUACGAGAGUAUCUACCAACUCUCAUGCGUAGGAGCAAGUGGCGUACACAGGGGAGACAACUCCAGAUAGGAGAUAUUGUUCUGCUCAUGGACAACAAUGCACCAAGAGGAAAAUGGGACUUGGCAAGAAUCGUUGAUUUAUUUCCAGGAAAGGAUGGUAUAAUCAGAAAUGUCAGAGUUCGCACCAAGAACGGUGAAUAUAACAGAUCAGUACAGAAAUGCUGUCUGAUCCUGGAAUAUUUCACAUAG